AUGGCGGUGGAAGACCAAGCCAAGGCGGCGGCACGUCGACGCGCGCGAACCAGCGCCUCGAAAAUGCCGAAAAAGACGCAGCUGUUUGCGUUGGCAGAGCAUCAAGUGCUGGCGAGCCAUCAUAAGGACCGCGAACGGCCUCGCACGUCUUGUCUGGCGUGGGGCGUCGCGUUUCAAGUGGAAGAAGACGAGGAGGUUCUUCCCCCCACUGGUUCAAACUACGGGCCUCGAAUGGACAAACUUGUGUGGAUCGACUGUGCCCUCCGCGCCAGCCACGCGUUUUCCACACCAAACAUGCCGCGACACCAUCCUCGACGUAAACUGGAGGGUCGAUUUCGCACCCCUGCAGCCGCACCCACCACGGCGCGCGUCGUCCAACGGCAGCCCCAGCAGACAGCAGCGGACAAACCGCCUCGUCCUACUCCCACUCCCCGCCAUUCCCCCUCGCACAGCUCCAAGAGUUUAUCGCCGUGGACCAACCAAAGUCCCGCCUUGUUGUCGUUGAAACUUGUGUUUUGGACGUCGCAUGUACCCGUGGCGUGGCUCGAGUGCCCAACGGCCAUCGUCGACAUCCCCCAUGACUCGACCAAACCUCGACGGACGAUGCGACUCCACCGGGGGGAUGUCCUCACAGCAGUCAACAACGUCCGAGUCGUCCCCUUUGUAGACAUCCAAGCAGCUGUAGCAGGUCCCCCUCAAGGCGACGACCAUCAUCCCCACCGUCGUCGCCUUCCACAGGUGCUGCAGUUCACAAGUUCCCACUUGCAAAGUUACACGGUGCGGUGGUGCGACGGCGAGUCGCUUGGCGUGGCCUUUCGACGGGUGCGAGUCGGUUCAAAGUCCCAUGGUGACCAAUCCACCGUGCUCACGGUCGUGUCGGUGAUGUUAUCGACAGUGUCCAACCCCCUCGCCGGACGAAAGCACAUCCACGAGGGCGACAUCCUCAUCGCGAUCAAUGGUAUGGACGCGGUGCACGCGGGGUUCAGACAGACCCAGGCGGACCUCGCCCGACUGCCUCGGCCCCUCCUCUUGACGUUUCGAGGGCCAAAACCGGACGACAGAAACGAAAACAUGGCUGAUUGUCAAUGUGUGGUGUCAUAA